GUUAGGGGUUUGAGUUUAGUGCCUGCUGCUGCUGUUAAAGUUAAAGUUUUCGGAGAGCACACAGAUGAAGUGUUGGAAUAACAAGUAUUUGUUUGGUAUAAAUAGCAUAGGCAUUUGGGCGGAGCGCGCACUAAUAUUUGAAGACUGUGUUGUAGCUGAGCUGUGUGAAAAAGGAAGUGAAAAGCAUAAAAAAUUAUAAAAGAAUAAGAAAUAAUGAGAUAAAUUUAAGCAAAUAAAUUAUAGUAAAAUGAGAAAGUGGGUCUGAAAAAUUUAAAAAUACAAGAUAAGAAUAUUAAAAGCACCGCUGCGUAUAUUAAAUAAAGUAAAAUAACGUGUUAAAGCAAUUUGCUGGGAAUGCUUUUAACGAGACGCAAAUUUUUUUAAGAAAAAAAAAAUGCUGCUAAAUAUACAUACCGAACUUAUACAUAUAUAAAAGCCUUAAGCUUGAUAAAAAUUCGUACAUACAAACCAAAACGGUAUUCAAUUUAAGUCACUACGCCUUAACGUAGGCAACCAACCAAUAAGCACUAAUCACAAGCGCGCAAAGGAAAUAAAAAGCAAAGUAAUCUCUUGCACAUACAGCAGAGCUCAGCAUACAAACAACUCUCAGGCGAUAACCAAGCAAAAUGGAGGGUUACCAGAAUAUGAGCGAACUGGAAAAGUCGGUCGCUCACGCUGGCACUCAACUCUAUACGGUGGCACACAAAUUGCACGAAGUCGAAACGACAUUGGACCACACAAGCAGCCUAGAUGAUGUGGAUGGCGUUUGUGUCAUGGAACUGCUCGAGUCCAUGGAGGAGGUCAAGGCGGAAUAUCAUCAUCUGGUGCAGAAUUUGCGUGAGGUGCACCAGUUGCAGCGUGACGUCACCACAUCGAUACGCUUUCAGAUGCGUAGCAUGCAGCAGACAUUUGAAUCGCUUAAAAAACGCAUCGAGCUGCGUGUUACAGAAAAUUGAAGUAAAUCGAAUGAUAAUGGUGACUGUGUUGGCUGUGGAAGUGCGGUUGAGUAGGCAGAAAUUAGGGAUAUUUUAAGUGUAAUUUUUAGGUAAAAUUUAAAUGUUAAUUUCGUGUUUUUAAGGAAGGAGUUAUUUUAGGUGCGCUGAAUACUUUUGUAGUGCUGAAGUGAGUGAUAGUAGCGUGUAAUGUUUCGUAAAAUGUAUAAUUCAGUUCUUAGAGCGCGUUUAGAAAUCCCUUUAUUUAGGCUGACCGCUAAUUUAUUGACAAAGCAUGCAUUAGAGGUAGGUACAUAGCUGAAUUGAAGCUGAAUAAGCUUAAAUUGUUACUCAGUAUUUCAUAAAAGAUUUUUAAGUUAAGUUUAAAGUAGCUAAAUUGAAGCUUUUUGAAUGAUUUUCAUGGAGGAUUAAUUAAACACUACUGAAAUAUUUCUGAAUAAGGCAAUUAAAGUAAUUAUAAGCUUCAUUUGAGUUUUUAAUUUAAGCUUAUCAAUAUGUCAUAGGCAAACUUCAUAUUACGAGUUGCUGAAUGUCUAAUUAAACGCUGAAUAAUACAAUUCGUAUAAUUUUACGCUUCAUUUACGCUUUUAUUUUAAGGUUAUUAUUAUUUGGUGCCCGCACUUUUAAUUAAUAGCUGCUGAAUUAGCGCUGAAUUGAAAAACUCAUAUGUUACGCAUUGGCGUAAUUUUAUGCAGGCAGCCAAACUUCAAAUUAAGCGCUGCUGAAUUGGUGCUGAAUAAAACAAUUCACCGAAUACCAUACUUAUUUUGUUUUUAUUUGGAACUAUUUCAUGCUUCAUAGUUACACGAUGAACAAAGAGCUGCGGAAUUGUAGCUGAAUAAAAUAAUUUGGUAAAUUUUUGAAAUUUUAAGCCGCAGCAUUGACAUUGAAUUAUGUAGACUACUUUUUAACCUUAGACUGCUUUAGAUUUAAACCAAUUUUCUUGCUUUCCAAGCAAGCAAUGUAAAACUUACCUUAAUUAAUAUAUAAUGCUAUUUUUAUGUUAUAAACAAAAUUUAAGUUAAAAACAGCUGAAUUUUACUCUUUAAUUAUGUGGAUACGAUGAAGAAAAAAGCUGAAUUUGCGCGGAAUGAGGUACACAAAGUUGAUUUUUCACUGAGAAUAUAUAGUUAAUGAUCAAACUAAACCAAAAAGUUAUAGUAUUCGUAUUUUAAAACCAAGAAUUCAAUAUGCAACAAAUGCAUAAAUACAUACAUAUGUACAUAUAUUCAGAGUUGAGUUUUUAGCAACUAUUUUUUCAAUUGACAUAGAAUUCGCUGAACUAAAUCCAUUUGCAUAAAAUUUACGUAAAUUUUAGCUUUAUCCCAAGGGAACGUUGACCUAUUUCAGCUAGAUUACUUAAACUACUACUUACAACUGCUUUAAAUUAAUGUUCGGAAUUGCAUUACUUAUAAUUUGUUCUUAAUUUAAAUAAAUAGUACCCAAAUACAAUUAAACUCUUUGAUAGAAUUCAAACAUAUUUUGUAUGAAUUAAUUUUUUAAUAAAAGCGCUGCAUACUCGUUUAAUGGAGCUACAUAUAUCGGCAGAAAAUUAAAAUUUUUGAGCAUUGAAAUUGUGAAUGCUCGCUGAAUUAAGCUUAUACGAAGAAAAAUAUUGAUUUUGUUUUAAUUUGGAGGCGCUGAAUACACCCUCUAGGUAUAUAUUUUUAUUUACCUUAAGAUGCUCGCUGGGUUUAAUUUAUUUGAACCGAAACAUUGCUGCUUUAAUUUUAAAAUACUGAAUACUCGCUGAAUUGAUUUCGCUCGCAGUUUUCUUGCUAAUUUAAUUUUUUCCCAAGUCUAAUAUUAAUUUAUUGGUAUUAAAGCGCUAAUUUAGUAAAUUAAAAGCGCUGAAUACAUGUUAAGCUAAAUUUCCUUUGAAAAAUAAGAAUUUUUAAAUUAAAAAAUUUUUAAUUAUCGCUGACUGAAAUUUCUUGAGGGCAAAAUACUUUUUUUUUAAUUUAAAAGCGCUGAGUGCCCGUUGAGUUCAAUUUCACACGUUGUGCAAUUUUUUACGCAAUACGAUUUUUUGUAAUUCAAAAGCCCUGAAUUGAAUCUCCAUGCUGAAAAACAUACUACAUAAUUGCUAAAAACCUACUGGUGAAUGAAAAAAUUGUGUAAAUAUUAAAAUUUUGAAAUCUUUUUUCCUGAACGGACACUAGGUUGGAAAAUGUGAUUUACAUAUGUAUAUAUGUAGGUAUGUAUGUAUAUACACUUGUAUACAUUAACGGUAUACGUUUAGUGCGAACAUUAUUUAUUGUUGCUCGACGCAUUCAUUUGCCUGCAGGAUCUCAUUCGAACGUCACUUUGAAGGCAGGUAAAAUGUUCAUACAAAUAAUAUACAUACUAGGCAUGCACUCAGCUACGUACAUACAUACAUAUGUAUGUAUGUUUAGGCAACCUUGGGCAUAUGCCAUCAUAUCCUCUUAAAACUGCAUACGUCAUUGUUUGUUGGCCAAGUAAACUUUGGAACAUAAGAAUAAUGAGGAGAAUUUUAGGAGCGAUCUACUGAACUGAUAUUUAUGUUCAUGACUUUUCUUUUCUGUACUUAAAACGCGCUAGUCAUUUUGGUUGAAAAUGCUUAAAAAAAAUAAAAUAAAAAUUUAAAAUAGAUUUUAGGCACCUAUUUACUUAAGUACAUAAUUGAUAAGCGAAGCAAUUUUAACGACCUCGUCACUAAUUAAUCUAGCUGCAUUUAUAGUGAAACUGCAAAAAAAAAUAUAAAAAUAUGUACAUACGUACUAUAUAUCAAAAUAUAAGUAAUUUCAGACACCGAAUCCGAAUAAUUUUUACAUAAGCAAUAUUUUUGGCACCAUUCAAUUACUAUUUUUUUUUUUAUUAUUAUAAAUACAUAGCUUUACUUAUACAUUUUCUAUAACCACAUUAUCGUAAAAAUUUAAACAUUCAAAUUUUUUAAAGAAAAUAAAGAAAAGAAAACUAAACGAAAUGAACCACAACUAAAAACUAGCAGUGCACAAGUAUUUCCUAAAACUCGAAAAACCCAUAAGACUUUUAACUUUGCACUGUUAAAAUUUAAAUUUCUAUAAAAAAACACUUUCCGUGUUUUCAGGUUUUCGAGUUUAAGCGAUUCAUCUAAGUAAAAUUAAUGAAAAAUAUACAAAAAUUAAGACGUUACUAAAAGCGGGUUUCAUUGUUUUUUUAUAAAACAGAGUUAUAGUAAAUAGUGCAGAAUAACAUAGACAUUUAACAUUUUUUCGAACAAACUCUGUUUGCCUGCCUUACCUUCGUAAAUUAAUUUGGGAGAUAAUUACAAAUAUAUAUGUUUGUAUGUAUACAUAUUUCGGAACAGUAGCAUUUUCUUCCAAAGACUGUUGUAUUAUGUAAGUUUGUUUCAUUUGAUUAUAUAAUAUACUUAUACCGUAAUAUGUUUAAGAACACUCAA